UACCAUGCACAUCUGAUCCAUUAUAUAGUUUCUACAUGCGAGCAAGAUCAGUUAACUCCGAUCAUGGCGACUCCCGGCUUCGGCGUAAGUUUCCCAUCCCCGCGGUCCUCUGGGUCGUCGUCCUCCUCCUCCUCUGCCGCAUCAUCGUCGUCCUCUUCGUCGUCAUCCUCCUCCUCCUCCUCCUCGGCAUCAUCAUCAUCAUCUUCGUCGUCAUCAUCCUCAUCUUCGUCAUCGUCGUCGUCCUCAUCUUCGUCGUCGAACUCGACGUCGUGGUCGUGGUCGUCAACGCCGAGUGUCACGGUUCUAGAAAAUGCGUUCAAAGCGCAGCGACUGUUGAGCGAAAGCAUCACCUGCGGCGUCAUGCUACUGAUCUCGCUCACCUUCUUCAUAGCCGCCACCAAGAACCGGCUUUGGCACUCCAACCCGACCAUCGAGAAAACGCACAAAUACCUUCUCGCUCAGAUGCUCGGGCCGCUCAUGAACAUAGCCACCUUCUACCUUCUCUCCAAGCCCUUGGAGAAGAUCUACGUGGUGUGGGGGGCCAUCCUGAUGAUCGCCCAGGGCACCCUCUUCUGCAUCGCCGAAGCAUGCACCCUCAACGACUCCAACUCCGUCAAGCUGCUCUUCAUCGGCAUGCUCACCUACAAUCUGGUGGACGUGACCAGCGACAUCCCCCAAAUUAACGGCCGCACCUCACGGGGCUUCGUCAUCAACCUGUGGGUCAUUUGGGGGUUGAUCAUACUGAAGGCGGCGGAGAGGUUCUUCAGCUUUGAGGCCGCCAAGCGCACCUACGGGGCGGAUUCCAUCUACUCCGUCUCCAACUAUCUGCGAUAUCAGGACGAUCAGCCGCCGAUGAUGAGUGAUGCCGCUGAUACGGUUUACAAGCAAGGCCAUAAAUACAUCGUCAGCGGAGAAGACAGGAUUUUGUUUCGGAUGGAGCUGAAGGAGGAGAAUAAGAUGCAGAUGGUGCCUUAUAAUAAGGUUUCGAUCGAUAAUAAAGUGAUCACGUUGGACAAGUUGUGGGACUGCCAAGGCGACCUGCUCAGGCACCAAAUGGACCUCGAUGGCCGAUUCAAAGACAUAUGCCUCUCCUUCGCCUUGAUGAAGCUGCUCAGAAGAAGGUUUCUUGAUAAUCCUAAUGAAGAAUUAAUCAAAGAAUCUAAGGCAUCGAUCUUACAAGACCUCAUGAUCAAGUCGAAGGAUGACAAGAGCAGGGUGUUUCGCGUGAUCAAGACAGAGUUGGGGUUCUUAGAAGACUUCUUCUUCUCCAAGUACCCAAUUGUCUUCGGUUAUGGACUCCCCAUCUGCAACUACCUCCUGUCUCUAUUGCUAAUGGCCGCCACCGGCUGGAUCAUCGUCUCCACUGCUUCUCUCUGCCAAAAGAACAGUGAUUUUUACAUCACCUAUGUCCUCGUAGCCAUGAUCCUCAUCAUGGAGAUCACUGAAAUAACCACCUACGUCCUCUCCGACUGGACCAAGGUGUCCUUGCUGAUCAUCUACGUGCAGUUUCCAUGGCUACAGCAAUCGUACUUAGUCAACACGGCGCUCAAAUUUUUCUUCAGGACAAAGAUCUUGCAGCCCGUGCGAGAGAAGGUUGGCCAAUUUUCGCUCCUCAGACAUUAUCAGCACUUCCCCAUCCAGGCUAGGCCAUGCAGACCGACCCAUGCACCCAUCAAAGUGCCCGAGGCAGUCAAGGCGACGAUCGUGGACUGUCUUAGACUAAGCAAAGUCGAGAGUCAAACUGUGCAGGUCUCCAACGGUGAAAAGUCACUGGAACGAAAUGGCAAGAAAAAAGAGCUAGGUUGGGCCUGCGAGCUCCCCACUAGCACUCACACUAUUCUGGUGUGGCACAUCGCUACUUGCUACUGUGAAACAAAAAAAACAUCGCAGACUCGUGAACCUUCUUCGCCAACAUCAACUUAUAAGGAGGUCGCCACCACGCUAUCAAAUUAUUGUGCACACCUAGUGGUGUAUGCGCCGGACCUGCUGCCGGAUCGCGGCAACGAAGCGAAGCUCAUUUUUGAUGAGAUGAUUACUGAAACGGACGCGGUGUUGAAGGGCGCCGAAGACGAAAAUGAGAUGUGGAAGAAGAUGAUAUGGAAGGGGGCGGACGAAGAAUCAAAUAGUAAAACAGCAGCAAGAAAGGGAGCAGAGCUGGGGAAGCAGCUGGUGGAUGAAAUUAAGAAAGAGGAGGAGAUAUGGAAAGUGCUGAGUGAGUUUUGGGCAGAGUACAUCCUGUACCUUGCUUCAUCCAACAAUGUUCAGGCUCACAAAGAACAUCUUGCUUCCGGAGGGGAGUUCAUUACGCAUCUCUGGGUUCUUCUGUACCAUGUCGGCAUUCUUGAGCGACCGGAAAAAGCUCCGAAUACUGAACAACCGGCAGAUCAAAAGGCUCCAAAUACUCAACCACCAGAUCAAAAGGCUCCGAAUAUUGAACAACCAGAAAAAGAUCCAAAUACUGAUCAGGGACCAGAAAAGGAUCCAAAUCAGUAUACUGAACAACCAGAAACUUAAAUCUCCAAUUAAGUGCAUAACCAUGCAUGCAUCAUGCGUCAGAGUUUGUGUUAAUUGUGUUGCUCCAAUCUCCAGUACUCCAUAAGUAUUAAUUAUUUGUCGCAUCUUAAUUAUAUAUAUCACCUGGCUGGCUUGUGAUGUAAUAUUUGUGGAACAUUAAUAAUUUCAUCUCUGGCUUGUCGCA